CCUCUCUCUUUCUCUCUAUUUUCUCUCUCUACAUAUACAUACACACUGGUCUGUAUAUAUAACCCAUCAUACAACAUACCCAAAUCCUUUUAUAUCCCGUGAUACUGUUGAUUUUAAAUCUGCAAAAGAAAAAGAAAAAAAUGGAGCUUCAUUUGAGCCUUGCUCUUUCUUCAUCGUCUUCAUCUGCAUCUUGUUCUUCAGAGUUUGAUCUGAUCAACUGCAACAACACUUACGCUCCUGAAUCUAAAAUCCCAAUUCAUCAUUUGAAGAGGAAACAAGACGAUGAUGAUGAUGAUCUUCAUGUUCUUCAAACGCUACCUCUUCUUGUCUGGAACAAUUUCUGCAACAAAACCCAGAUGAAUGAACAACUCCAUGAUCAUGAUGAUAAUGAUGAUGAUGGUGAAGUUCAGUCGAAUUCCAUCUUUGUUCAUCACAGAGAUGAUGGUGGUGUGAUUGGGUGGCCACCGCUGAAAUCAUGUAGAAAGAAGUUCUGCCACCCAAAAACCUCUAACCACGGUGGUGGUGGAGGUGGCGGAGGGUCAAAGUCAAUGUACGUUAAGGUGCAUAUGGAAGGCAUGGGAAUUGCAAGAAAAGUUGACCUAAGUUUACACCAUUCAUACCAAACCCUUGUGCACACUUUAGCCAACAUGUUCGGAAAAUCUUACGAAGAUGUGAAACUCACCUACCAAGACAAAGAAGGAGAUUGGUUACUUGCUGGUGAUGUUCCUUGGGGAUCGUUCAUCGAGACAAUUCAACGAACUCCUCAUCUGAAUCUGGAAUCUGAUCUGAUUCCCACACUACCAUCCUCUAUCUAUUGUAUCUCAAAUCACCAUUCCUACACCACCGUCGUUGAUUUUCUUCACACAUCACCAUCUACAAUCUGUUUCAAAUGCCACUUUUAUGAAACCCUGACACCGCCACCCUUCUCACAGGGCUUGACGAAGAACUGUUGGAGUGAAGCUUGUGACGCCGACGAUUCAACAUCAUCGCCACCACCAGUCUCAGCCACCGCCUUCCUCCGACGUUCCCUCUCAGAUGUAGAAAAGAGUCUCCUUUGUGGAGAACCGACAGAGCGAAGAUGGUUUUCUAAUUCAAACCUCGACCAGAAGACGGAGUUGAUCGAUGAGAUCGAAGAGGGAGAUAUUGAGAGGCUUCCUGGUUGCUUCUAUUCCGACCUCGAACAUACUCUCGCUCCCUCUGUACCCCUAAAUCUAGACAUCAGCCACCAGUUCUCACAAACCCAACAAUUUGGUUUCAAGAAGAGUCUAACAUAA